CUUGUGACUGCGUUCCACACUCCAGACAGAAGAAAAGACCAUCGUGCGGGUCUCCAAAGUCGGAAGAGCCGCACACGACGCACACAGACAUGAAAAUGGGCGAAAAUCACAGGAAGAGUGGAAAACACUACACGUGGGUGACUUAUAUUUAUUUCCAAUAAACGCACCCCGCCCGCCGCCGGUCAUCGGCGGCACAAUUAUUUCGCAUUCCAGUCACGCGAGGCGGAACUCGUCAAAAAAACGAGCGAGAGAGGCAAAAACAAAGCUACCACCACUCUCUCCUUCCUCCUGUAGGCUUUGUCGGGUUUUGAGUCGCAAAAUUCUCGUCCUACUUCCCGACAGUGCCUGGAGGUAUAUAACUCUCAACUGGGGUGGAAGAGGACUCUACAAUGGACACAUCACACACUGACCCUUCCACCCAGCUCAGUGAGAGCACCCAGCAGACACAGCAGCACCCACCUCCCCCUCUCUCGGAGCUCAAGAUGCCCAACUUUGUCGACGAGAGUCUCCCAAAGGAGACGCUGGAGAGCAUGGAGCAGCUCCGUCGCAACGAGGAGCUGUGCGACGUGGAGCUGGUCGUGGAUCAGCAGUGUUUCAGAGCCCACAGAGUGGUCCUGGCAGCCUCCAGUAUGUACUUUAGAGCCAUGUUCUGUCGACAGAUGGCCGAGAGCGGACAGCGGAGGGUUGUGAUACAGGGCGUCGAUUCAGACGCCCUCGCCCUCCUCAUAAAGUUUGCCUACACCUGUGCGCUGGAGAUAAACGAGGAGAACGCGCAGAGCCUCCUGGCAGCGUCAAACUUUCUCCAGAUGCUCCGGGCACGCGAGGCCUGCUGCAAGUUCCUGCAGGACCGGCUGGACUGCUCCGUGUGUCUCGACGUUGCCGACUUUGCCGAGUUCCAAUCCUGCCAGGAGCUCCUGGAGGCAUCGCUCACCUUCUCCCGUCGAAACUUCACCGAGGUCUCACAGAACGAGCGUUUCGUGCACAUCUCCUAUGCCCGCAUGAAGCACUUUUUGAGUUCCAACGACCUCCAUCUCCCGGACGGGGAAGAGGCAGUGUUCACGGCCCUCAUAACAUGGACCCAGCACAACUUCCCCGAGAGACAGACCCACUUCCAGGAGCUCCUGAACCUCGUCAAACUCCCUCUCCUAGGCCAGGAGUUCUUUGCAGUGGAGGUGGCGGCCAAUUCCCUCGUCAGCUCCAAUGAGCCGUGCAUGAAACUCAUCCGCGAGGCUGCACGUGCACUCUAUAACACAUCCUACCCCGAUGGCAUGGCCCACCUGUGCCGGCUCCCCACCCAGAUCCCAAUGAAGUGGUGGCCACGGGAGACCCUGAGAGCCGGCGAAGUCAUCCACAUUCUAGGAGGAGUGUCGGAGCACGAAACCCUGGGCAACGUGGAGUGCUACGACCCGGAGACUGAUCGCUGGGUUGUCGACGUCAUCCCUCAGAUGAGGUAUCGCCGGAGCGGAGUGGGCGUGGCAGUUCUCCAGGGUCUCCUGUUUGCCAUUGGCGGGUACCUGGAGGGCAAGACCAGUACCGAUGCAGUGGAGUGCUACAACCCCAGGACCAAGAGGUGGACCCCAGUGGCCCACAUGUUGACUCCCCGUAUGAACCUGGGUGUGGGGGCAAUCCGGGACAUGAGAGAUGCCGUGACCGGAGUGUCUUUCAAUGCCAUAUACGCCAUUGGUGGCUACAGCGGCAAGUCAAUUCUGGGGACGGCUGAGAAGUACGACAUACAGUUGGACACGUGGACUGAGAUUGCACCCAUGAAAACCCCUCGUAGGAAUGUCGGUGAGUCAAUAAAUAUAAAUGUCCUGUACACUGUAUGUAUUAUACCUCGGCAGGAGUGGCAGUGAUAGAGAACCUGGUGUACGCAGUGGGAGGAAGCAAUCGGGACGACGGGACUCGCUCCAACCUCAACUCCAUGGAACGUUACAACCCAGAGAGGGACGAGUGGGAAGACAUGCCUCCCAUGCACCGCAGUCGAGGGGCAGCCAGCGUGACUGCCCUCAACAACUGUCUGUAUGCUGUAGGAGGCUACGACUCAGGCCAGUGGCUGUGUGAAGUGGAGAGGUUUGACCCGGUGGCCAACCAGUGGAGUCUCAUUGCUCCCAUGCACCAUAGUCGGACCGGUGUGGCUGUCACUGCACUCAGGGGUGAAGUGUAUGCAAUCGGUGGCUACAACGGAGUCAAGACAGUGGAUGUAGUGGAGAAGUACAAUCCAGAGGAGGAGGGGUGGAAGGAAGUUGCUCCUCUUGUGUUUGGCCGGAGCGUCCCCGGCAUAGCCGUCGCCCACCUCUGGCCCGUCAAGUCCACCAUGAAGAGCUUCUGGGAGCCCGAAUCACAACUCUGACUUUCUCUGCCCGCUUUUCUUUUUUUACUACUUCAACUUGUCACACGCCACCCUUCGCAGCAAAUAUAGAUCUAGCGUAAUCUUAUGUGUGUGUGAUUUUGUGUACAUUCUCACUCCCAUAUAGUUCAUGUAAACAUCCACACACAAAGAAAAAAGCAACAACCACUAACGUUAAUGACCUUUG